UCUUGGUGGAAAUUAAUACAUCUACGUUUCUAAAAUCUCUUUUGUAAAAUAGUUCUACAUAUUGUGUGUGUUCUUUUGCAUUCGCUUGUAUCGCUUUUUUUCUCUCAGGACCGUGUAACUUCGUAACUACCAUGUGCUUCGCAACGGCAGUUUUAAUAAUGACCUUAUUCAAUUUCAUUCUUGCUUUCACACACAAAGUAAAUGCCCAAGAAUUUCCUCCCGAUUUUAAAUUUGGAAUAGCAACGGCGUCAUACCAAAUUGAAGGAGCAUGGAACGAAGAUGGCAAAGGAGAAAAUAUCUGGGACCACUUUACACAUACAUCAUCAGACAAAAUAUUCGACCACUCCAACGCCGAUGUAGCUUGCGAUUCGUAUCACAAAUAUGAAACUGAUAUAGCUUUACUCAAAGAACUUGGAGUCGACUUUUACAGAUUUUCACUAUCGUGGCCUAGAAUUUUACCAACUGGUUACGUUGACGAUGGAGUUAAUCAAGCAGGUGUUGAAUACUACAACAAUAUUUUAAAUUUAUUGGACCAAAACGGUAUCGAAGCAAUGGUCACGUUAUAUCAUUGGGACUUACCUCAGCAUCUUCACGAAAGAAUGGGUGGGUGGUUAAACGAGACCAUUGUGGAUAUUUUUGCAAAAUAUGCAGAUUUAGCUUUCCAUAUUUUCGGAGAGCGAGUAAAGUACUGGACGACGUUUAAUGAACCUUACAUAUUUUGUCAAUAUGGUUAUGAAAAUGGAACAUAUGCACCAGGUCUCGCUAGUAAUCGUGGUGUCGACGUCUACGUUUGUGGUCAUAAUAUUUUAAAAUCUCAUGCGGCGGCUUAUGAUAUAUAUGACAAAACCUACCGGAAAAAACAGAAAGGCAAAAUAUCGAUUGUACUUACCGCCAUAUGGGCUAAACCUAGCACUUAUACUCGCAAAGACUUUGAAGCAGCAGAACGAAACUUACAGUUUCAAUUUGGAUGGUUUGCACAUCCCAUUAUAAAAGGAAAUUAUCCUCAAGUGAUGAUUAAUCGAAUUGGAGAAAGAAGUACGAAAGAGGGAUUUAAAAAAUCACGUCUGCCCAAAUUUACUAACGAAGAAGUGAGACAAAUAAAAGAUACUUAUGAUUUUAUUGGUGUCAAUCACUACACAACAACCAUGGUAAAAUGGAUGGACGAUGUUCAAAUAGGAGAACCAAGCGCAUUUAAUGAUUUAUCUGUUGAAGAAUAUUAUAAAGAUUCCUGGAAAAGUUCUGGCUCAGCUUGGCUGAAAGUUGUUCCAUAUGGGAUAAGGGAUAUGUGCAAAUGGAUUAAAAAAAAUUACAAUAAUCCUAGUAUUAUAAUUACAGAAAAUGGGUACUCAGACCCGAAACUAAUACUGCACGACUUUAACAGAACCAUUUUUUACAAGGAAUAUUUAAAAUAUUUGUUGCAAGCCGUCUAUGACGAUCGUGUCGACAUACAAGGUUACACGGUCUGGAGCUUACUCGAUAACUUUGAAUGGAACCAAGGGUACAGUGCAAAGUUUGGUUUGUAUGCAAUUAAUUUUACUGACCCUAACCGUACCAGAAUCCCAAAAGAUUCAGCGAAUUUUUACAAGGCGAUCGUUAAGACAAGACGAUUAAAAUAAAUAAAAAAUGUGUAUGUAAUUAUUAAUA